AUCUUCCUUUAAUUGUUUGUCAUGCUGUUUGGAAAAUAAAAUAUUCAACUAUACUCAACUGACUGAGUUUGUUGAUUUAAAAAAAGAUGAGCAGAGGUGUUGGGAUAGAUUCCGACUUCCUGUGUGGAGUUUGCAUGUUCUCUCCUUGCCUGUAUGGGUUUUCUUCGAGUACUCAAUUUUCCUCCCACAACACCAAAAGAAAGACAUGCAUGGAAGGUUACUGGGACACUCUAAAUUGUCUUUUCGUGUGAUUGUGGGCCAAUGAUUGUUUGUCUAUGUGUGCACUGUGAUUGGCUGGCAACCAGUUCAGGGUGUCCCCCGCCUACUGCCCGAAGACAUCUGGGAUAGGCUCCAGUACGCCCGCGAUCCUCGUGAUGAUAAAUAAACAGGUUUGAGGAUGGAUGGCUUGCCCAUCAAGACCAACAACAACAGCUUACUUGAAUUUAAAAACUGAUUUCUUCUGGUGUAGUUUGACCUGAUAAACACUGCUCAGUUGUGUUUGUCUAAAUCUAGAAAAUGGAAAAUGUCAAGUAAAGGGUUUCGUAAAACCUAUAUUAAAAAAGUGCAAGGUGGAUAUAGUAGCCUCAAAAUUGUAUUCCAGCAAGAGUACGGCUGCUCUUUUAUUGUCCAGUUUUUAAGCACACGGUUACUUUUUAAACAGCGUAAAUUCACAGUACACAUACACUAAUAUUAAUUAGCCUCUCAUUCUACUGUAUUUUAACGUUGGCCAAAAGGGUGGCACUUAAAGCUAAGUUUUUUUUGUUUUGUUUUUAAGAUGGUCAAAUUUGUCAACCACUGCAUCUGGUCAUAGCUGUAAACAACCACUAGAGAGCAGCAUCGGGCUCACCUCUCAGUCCGUCCGCCCCACGCCUCCACACUCCCCCCUUUCAUUUUGAUGACAUGUUUCUGUCCUAGUCUCUCUUUCACUGGCAAGAGUCAGUCCUUCGCCGGUUUGCCGGUUGUGGACGAUCCAGCUGGAGUAGGAGAGCAUCACAACACAACUGGAUGGGAAGAAAGGAGGCGAGGUGCCUGACACAGCUGGUCAGGAGAAUGGGGUGAAGAGGAUUGUCCUCAGCUGACCUCGAGGCAGAUGACCCGGGAUGGACACAGCGUCACCUCCACUUUUGAAGGGCGACGCAACAAAUACGGACCAUCAACAACCAGAACGAGAGCAGCAGGAGUUCCUGAGGUCAUUGGAGAACAUCCUGCUCACCAUUGCGCUGUCCCUCAUAAUCAUCAUGACGGUGUUUGGCAACCUCCUGGUCAUGGUGGCGCUCUGCAAGGACCGACAUUUACGGAAGAAAAAGACCAACUACUUUAUUGUGUCGCUGGCCUUUGCUGACUUGCUGGUGGCGCUGGUCGUGAUGCCCUUUGCGGCCAUUGAGCUGACCACCGGCGUGUGGAAAUACGGCGAGAUUUUCUGUCUUGUGCGGACGUCGCUGGACGUCCUCUUGACCACUGCAUCCAUCUUGCAUCUCUGCUGCAUCGCACUGGACAGGUAUUACGCUAUCUGCUGUCAGCCGCUUGUGUACCGACACAAGAUGACCCCUCUGCGAGUGGCGGUGAUGCUCGGUGGCUGCUGGCUCAUCCCCACAUUCAUUUCCUUCCUCCCUAUCAUGCAAAGCUGGAACGCCAUUGGCAUCGAGGAUAUAAUAGAAGAGAGGCGGAUCUCACCAGGUGUCUCCAACGAGACGAGCUGCGUGUUUCUGGUCAAUCGUCCGUACGCUCUCAUCUGCUCCACGGUGGCCUUCUACGUGCCGCUGGCCCUCAUGGUCCUGGCCUACCAACGCAUCUACGUGACCGCCAUGAGCCACGUGAAGCAGAUCGAGACCCUCCAACGCGCCGGCUCGGCUCCGGCCUUCGGGACGGAGGCCCCCAUCGCCACCGCGAGGUCGUCCACAUGCUCGGAUCAGGCAGACCACGACCACCUCGGGACAGCCGGAGGAGCGCUCUUUCCGGAGCCGGCUCCCGUAGCCAACAGCCGCAUGCGCGUGGAGACAAAGGCGGCAAAGACACUGGCGAUCAUUAUGGGCUGCUUUUGCCUGUGCUGGGCACCGUUCUUCAUCACCAAUGUGGUGGACCCCUUCAUUCACUACUCUGUGCCUUGGCAGUUAUGGACAGCAUGGCUGUGGCUUGGCUACAUCAACUCGGGCCUUAAUCCUUUCCUGUACGCCUUCCUGAACCGAGCUUUUCGGAGGGCCUUUCUUGUGAUUCUUUGUUGCGGGGACGAACGCUUUGUACGGCAGCGGAGCUUCUCCUACGGACCUACCCACAGAGUUUGCUCGCCAACAUCCGUCAAUGGGACGUCGAUGGCAUUGAGAUUGUCCUUCUUGCCAAAUCGAAGCUACUGUGACAACAAAAGAACCAUUCUGGCCAACGAGCAGGAGUCCCAGGACUCCCUUGGACCUCUAUGAGGAAGACACUUCUCCAAUUGGAGGCAUGCCCAGGUGCCAAGUGUCCUCUGCGACGUCAAUUGCUAUCAACUCAUCUAACCUUACUACACUGGUCCUUGAUGUCAUCUUACCUGGAUAUUUAAUGAGUUCACGUACGCUGGUUUACAUUCUAAACUGUUCUUAAACCAAUAUCUGGAUGAUGGGGUGCAAAGACUGUAAGGUGCUUCAUUGUUUUUUUUUAUUUUUUUCAGAGUUAAGAGCCAAAUGUGGGUCCAAUUGUGUGAAAGCUCAGCUUUAAUUAUUCUUUAUUCACCAUCCUUUGAUAAACAAAGCUCUUCGUUAGAAGUAUGGAAGCAUUUCCCCUUUUUUGCCGUCUCACUUGGGUAAAAAAAACAACCCCCCCCAUCAAAACAUACAACAUGAAUUGGCCUGGAUUCAUUCCUGUAAGAGUACAAACAUGUUGCACUUUUACUGAAUCCAGUAAAUCAGUUCGGUAUUCGACGAGAGGUAAUUUUCCAGUGUUUUUUAUCAAUAUGUUGUUGUGAAGGUAUUUAUGAUGAGGUCGCGUUUAUUUUUUUGUUCUUCAGGAAAAGUCACCACCAGCAAUAGGAAAUACAUUGCAUUCUGCAUAAUAAAUGUAUUUAACAUACUAAAGAGACAUUUCCAUGCACACGAGCAAACAAAGUAGUUUGGAUAUGGUUUUUUUUUUCUUGGCUAUGCAUGAUAAUCAAAAUAAAAUUUGCAAUUUUUGUUGCAAUUACAUUUUGACUACAUGCUAAGAAGAAAACGUUUUCACCAAAUAUGACAAAAUGAAACAUUCUACAGUAUAUCGACAGAAUUCACUGUACAGUAUUACCAACACAGACUUUCCUCAACGUUGCUGAUAUAAUAGAAGACAUCCUGUCACUUGCCAUUUAAGACGCGCAAUGUCGUAUUUUGACCACAAGAGGGCAGAUAGCCCAUUCAAGGCAAAAAAAGAAAAGGCAAACCUGCACAAUCUAUGGAGAUCUUUGCAAAUGUAAAACAAAAACCAAAACGUUUUUUUUAAUGUAAUGCCUUUACAACGAUGACGAUGUCAUUGAGGUAUUAAUGUAAAAAUAUUUUUAAUAUUGAGGUUGUCGUUCAAACUACAUCAUAAUGAAAGCUGUUUCUCUAAUAAUAUACCCCCGCCCCCUCUUGUGUAGCUAAAUGUGAGUAUGGGAUAAAAACCUUUAGAUAUAUAUUUAUUUCCAUGUUUUGUUGUUUAUUUGUAUUUUUGCUGCAUAUGUAAAACGACUCCCACGGGUUUUAGCCAGCUUUGAGGUGGAGUGAGGAAAAGUGUUGACGUCCAUCGUGAUAGUGGGCCGGCCUUAUCACUUUUGUUUACAUGUUCUUUUACAUGUUUGUGCAGAAUGUGCAAAUGUUAUUGUUAUAAUUCAAGCGUAUGGAGGCCAUUUUGUCAUCUUUCGUAGGACAUCCUUUUAAGAUUGCUUUUACUUGACCACGUUCUGUUUUGAUUUCUCGCGGUGACUCUGCAAAUGUUCAUCUUCCUCUCUUCUUAUGUCUUGUCUCAUUGUACCUUUCCCUGUAUGAAAGAAACAAGAACGAAACUGCAGACAAAUGUCUUUCUGCAUUUUUGAACAUUGUGUCAUUUUUUCCUACGUUUUUUUUUGUAGUGGAGGUUGAAAUAAAUGGACAAUUUCUAGAA